CAGCAGCUUUGCCAUUUUUAGGUACGGAGGCCAAGGUGGUUGGAGAGGCUGCGGGGUAUUGCAGAAGCAAGGGCCAUCGACUGGAUGCUUCCCUGCCCUUUGCAGUGAAAGAUGGCUGGGUUUUGCACGAGAGUCUGGGUGCUCCAGGUGAACCUCUGGCUGAUGGCUCUGGUCACAGGUCGGAUCUCAGCAGACCAGAACAGCACCAGGAGCAGCACAGGCAGCAGGUGCCCCAUGGUGCAGCAGCAUCCGCGCUACGUAGCAGCCAAGAAGAACAUGCCCGUCCACUUCAUCUGCUACACCCAGGAGCCCCAUAGCAUGCAGUGGUACAAAGCAGAAAAGGACAGCAAUGACCUCUAUGAGCUGGAUUAUAGCACCUCCCGCUACAGCAUCGAGAGGAAAGCCCACCUCAUCAACUUCACCAUCUCCAGGAUCACUUACGAGGACAACGGCAUCUAUGUGUGUGACAGCAAGAACCGCACGGCAGAGAGGCGGCCGCACUUGUGCGGGACAGAGCUUAAAGUCCUGAGUCACAGCAACAUCCAGCAGCUCCAGAGCAGGAACACCCUGAAAGAUGCUAUCAUCAUUAUCCAGUCCAUCCUGCUUGUCAUCUUCAUCAGCAUCCCCAUGCUCCUCUUCCUGGAUAAGGCUGAAGGCAAGCAAAGCCCAGAGGAGGACCAUACCUAUGAGGGCCUGGAGGUGGAGCAGAUAGCCACCUACGAGGACAUCACUCCUUUCCGGGACGUGAAGGCCAAGUGGACAGUUGGGGAGCACCCAGGUGAAGAGUGAGGGGUCCUGCACCCACCACCAGGCUGGCACCGGUGGCACGGCCCCCUGCCAGCACCCUGCCAGCACCGGCAGGGACAGGCCCCCGGCUUCUGCCCUGGACCCCUGGCUCCUGCCCUGGACCACUGGGCUGCGAUCCCAGGCUGCAAAUCACCUCCAGCAGCCUUGCACGGAGCUCAAGUCCUGCUGCCCUUGGGUGCUGGCUUUGCUGUACCCAGGCUGCGCCCACCAAGGCUGCCCUGCCCCAGCUGCCCCUCUUACCGCCCCGCUGAUGAACCCCUAAAGCCUAUGUAGAAAUUAGGAGCCACCUGCAAGCCCCCUGGCAGCAAACUGGCCCCAAACCCCAGGCAGCCCCACACCGCGGCGCUGAGCUCCUGCAUGGUUAAUGCAAUGGAAGCACCAGGGUGGGUGGUGGGUCUCCUCCAGCCCUACCAUCCUUGGAAAGGAGAGGACCAGGCACGAUCACUCUUCAUGCUGCAAGGACCCUCCUGCGCUGCAAGACCCUGCUGCAGCCCUGGCAGAGGAGCCGAGGUGAGCAGCACCAUGUGGGCAAUAUAACAAGUGAAUUAUGGGCCACUGUUUAGCUCGCAAGCCAUGGAGGUGUCCAGCAGGCCAAGCUGGCAGUUUUCUGAGGAGAGUCCUCCAAAAGCACCUCUUUCUCCCCAAAGACUACAGGAAAAGUUGAGGAGACGGCUCUCACCCAGAGAGUCUUGCACAAGGCUUGCUCCUCUCCGGGCAAGAGCUGGUCCGUGCCACAAGGACGUCCCCAUGGUGAGGGACGUGUGCGACCUCAGAACCUGUGGGAAAGUUGUACACUGUGGGACACAAAUGUCCAACUGCUUUUUGAAGUCCUAAUAAAGGUAAUGGGUAAAUUCA